UUAUGCAAAAGCUUAGCUGCGAUAGGCUAUACAGAAUUAAAAAGCCUACCUAAAUGUUCACAUGUUUUCUGAAGCAAAGGGCUGGGGAUGUUAGUGGAGGAACCUUUUCCCAUCUAUCUUGACUUCACCUUUUUGUACCGUUUUCAACGUUAAUCAAGAUGGCCCAGUGGAUCCAGCUGCAGAAAUUAGACUCCAAGUACCUGGAGCAGUUGGACCAGCUGUAUGAUGAUACUUUCCCCAUGGAGAUCCGCCAGUACCUCAGUGCGUGGAUUGAGAGCCAUGACUGGGACACGGUGGCAACCAGCGUUUCCCUGGCGAUGGUCCGUUUCCAUGACCUCUUGGGCCAGUUGGACAACCAGUUCAGCCACUUCGCCCUGGAGAACGACUUCCUGUUGCAACACAAUGUACGCAAGAUUAAACGCAAACUGCAGGACCACUUUCAGGAGGACCCUUUGCACAUGGCCAUGACUAUAUGUAAAUGUCUGAAAGAGGAGAAGAAAAUCCUGGCCUGUGCCUUAAAAAAAGAGGAAAACGUUUGGUCCACACAAAACAAUGUGGUGUUGGAGAAACAGAAAGAGUUGGACAACAAUGUCAAAGACCUGAGGAACCAAGUACAGGAUGUAGAGCAGGAAAUGAAGUCACUGGAGGACCUACAGGAUGAACAUGACUUUAAGAAGAAGACCCUGCAGAGCCGAGUGGAACAAGAGGUGAAUGGGAUGACACAGUCACCGGUGGUACAGAAAGAGAUCCGUGAAGAGGAGAUGGUCAUCAGAGAGAUGUUCAUCAAACUCAACAUAACCAGAGAGGUGGUGGUGCAUCAGAUAGCUUACAUCCUGAACUUGGCCGAGCAGAUCCAGUACACCCUGGUGACAGAGGAGAUACCUGAGUGGAAGCACAGACAGCAGAUUGCGUGUAUCGGUGGUCCACCUAAUGCCUGUCUAGAUCAGCUACAAACCUGGUUCACUGCGGUGGCAGAGGGCUUACAGCAGGUACGCCAGCAACUGAAGAAACUUCAGGAGCUGGAACAGAAGUACACAUACGAGAACGACCCCAUCACUCAGGGCAAAAGCACUCUGGAGGAACGCGCUCUCGUCCUGUUCAAGACCCUCAUUGUCAAUUCUAUCGUGGUGGAGAGACAGCCCUGUAUGCCCACUCACCCCCAAAGACCUCUGGUGCUGAAGACUGGGGUGCAGUUCACUGUCAAAAUCAGACUGCUGGUGAAGCUUCAGGAGCUGAACUACCAGUUCAAAGUCAAAGCUCUGUUUGACAAGGACGUGACUGAGAGGAAUGCAGUGAGAGGGUUCCGGAAAUUCAACAUCUUUGGAACUAAUACUAAAGUUAUGAACGUGGAGGAGUCCAAUGGAAGCUUGGCAGCAGAAUUCAGACACCUGCAACUAAAGGAGCAAAAGGCUACAGGCAACAGAACAAACGACGGUCCUCUCAUAGUGACAGAGGAGCUCCACUCCAUCAGCUUUGAGACACAACUCACUCAGCCAGGACUCCAGGUCAACCUGGAGACGACGUCCCUGCCCAUUGUGGUCAUCUCCAAUAUUAGCCAGCUGCCCAGCGCCUGGGCCUCUGUCAUGUGGUACAACAUGCUGACCAGUGAGUCCAAGAAUCUGCCGUUCUUCCUGAGCCCGUCCCAGGCCACCUGGAGCCAGUUGUCGAAGGUGCUGAGUUGGCAGUUCUCCUCCGUAACCAAGCGAGGCCUCAACGACGAGCAGCUGAGCAUGCUGGGAGACAAGCUCCUGGGUCGAGAGGCUGUAGGAAAUCCUAAUGGGCUCAUCACCUGGGCCAUGUUCUGCAAGAAUGUGAACGAGAAGGGCUUUCCCUUCUGGCUGUGGAUCGAUGGAAUCCUGGACCUGAUCAAGAGACACCUCCUGUGUUUGUGGAAUGACGGGUGUAUCAUGGGCUUUGUCAGUAAGGAGAGAGAGAAGGCCCUGCUGAAGGACAAGGAGCCUGGGACUUUCCUGCUGCGUUUCAGCGAGAGCAGCCAGGAGGGAGCCGUCACCUUUACCUGGGUGGAGCACUCCAAUGACUAUGGGUUUCCGUUUUGUCGUAUUUUAACAGAUGUCCAUUUCCACACGGUGGAGCCCUACACUAAGAAGAAGCUGGCCGCCAUCUCUUUCCCUGACAUCCUCCACAACUACAAGGUGAUGGCUGCCGGGAACAUCCCUGAGAACCCUCUGGUCUACCUCUACCCCAGGAUCCCCAAAGACAGCGCCUUAGCACGCUACUACAGCCGCCCCACAGAAGCCGCUGAGCCAAUGGAGUUGGAGAGUGAGUCUGAUGCUGGCUACGUUAAGAGGAAGCUUAUCUCUGUGUCUGAUUAUGUGCAAAGCUUUCCCAAACUAACCUACCCUCUUCAGGCAGCGCCCCUUGGAAAACUUGUUACCCCUCUGCACCGAACUGAUCUGAAGAUGUUGAUUAAAUUGAAGAGAUUUGUUGGGUUUCCUUUGUAAAUACAACUAAAACUGUAUACAUAUGUAGACUGUCAUUUUAAUGUACAUGCAUGAGAUUUGGGGGCUUCAAGUUCAGCUGUUUGUAUUAAGGAAUGUAUUUCUGUGUGACAGGAUGAUAUUUUGUGAAUGCAUAUGUAGUGUGAAAUGGUUAAGCUGUUAUACAGUGGGCUUCAAAAUUAUUUGGACAUUUGACACAUUUGUUGUUGUUUUGGCUCUGUACUCCAGCACCAUGGGUUUGAAAUGAUACAAUGAGAUUAAAGUGUAGUCUGUCAGUUUUUAAUUUGAGGGUAUUUUCAUACAUAGAGGGAACCGUUUAGAAAUUACAGCUCUUUUUGCACAUAGUCCCUUAAUUUUAGGGGACCAAAAGUUAAUGUGACAAAUUCCCUUACGUGAAUUUAAGUAUUCAAGUUUAGAAUUUGGUCCCAUAAUCCGACCACGCAAUGAUUCCAAGCUUGUGACUCCUCACACUUGUAUGCAUUUGCUGUUUGUUUUGGUUGUUCGAUAAUUUUGUGCCCAAUAGAAAUGAAUGGUAAAUGUUUGGACUUCACUGUUUAAUUUAAGGACAAAGAAGAGGGCUCACACAUGCCUGAAUAGCUUUGAUUUAUUUAACCUUGUUUAUUAAAAUAAAUAUGUGUAUAUAUUCCACUGCCAGGAGCAAUCGCACAUCUGCACAUCAACUAUACCCUAAAAUCUGAACAGAAAAGGACAUCCGUGUUUAGCAAUACAUUCAGAACUGUCUUUAGUUGGAACUUUAGACUGGUCUGCAACUACUGGUGACACCUGACUUGAACCAUCUGUCCAUAUGACCUACAGGGGUUCAAACACCGGUCUUCUGCAAACCACAAUAUUGUGUUCGCCCUCUGAGCUAAAGCCUAGGCAGCUGACAAGUUCAGAUCACAGGCAAGGUUACCUUUCACUGAAUCAACAAUAGCAAAACCAAUGUCUGAUUUUGAGACCUUUCCCUGUAUGUCACGGAUACGACAGUGUUAUGGAGGUGAUUGAUUGGAGGGUUCAGGUCUUGUGUUUCCCGGACUACUGGGAGUGGUGAAGGAGGUCGAGUUUCUGUGGCAACGUGUUCCGUUGUCAUUCUUUGGCUUUCAUUUGAACAUUUUUCUAUACACAAUGUCACCGUCUCAGACAGAUCUGGGGAGUUGCUGAAAACCGGCCACGUUGCCUUACAGAGACCAACAAGUAGUGGUAGAGAUGUUAUGUACAUAGAGGACAGAGCUUUCCAAUCCACUUGAUUUUCCAUCUGUGUAUUCGUUAUCUGGAUUGGAACGUUGCGUAAGGUUAUUCCCCAUUGUGUCAAUGAAGCUGUUCUUUAUGCUACAUCGGUCUUAUGGGGGAAAAAAAUACUACCACUGUUGUUCAUUUAUAAUUUGAUCUAUUGUACAGUAUUGCUUCAUUGCUUCACGUUAACAUACAUUUAAAAAAUAAAUAAAAACAGGUUGUAAAUUGA